AACCGAAUAAUUGAACGACGAACGAAAUUCAAUCGAUAUCUUCACUAAGCCAGUUAAAUACUAAGGAAACAUGGAUCUAAGUCUGGAACGCGAUAGCUCCGCGCUGGGUAGUCUGUUCCAACAGAUUAUCAAUGACAUGAAGAAUACUUCGCCACUGUGGGAGGAUUUUGUGGCUAAGGCCGGAAAACUGCACACAUGCUUGAGGGCCGCCAUCCAGGCAAUCGCCGCCUAUUUGGAUGCCUUCCAAAAGAUAGCCGAUGCGGCGACCAAUUCAAGAGGCGCCUCCAAGGAGAUCGGCACCGCCCUGACCCGCGUCUGCCUGCGCCACAAGGCGGUGGAGACGCGGCUGAAGACCUUCACCAGCACCAUCAUGGAUUGCCUGGUGCAGCCGCUGCAGGACAGGAUCGAGGACUGGAAGCGCACGGUGGCCACCAUCGACAAGGACCAUGCCAAAGAGUACAAGCGCUGUCGCAGCGAGCUGAAGAAGCGCUCUAGCGACACGCUGCGGCUGCAGAAGAAGGCGCGCAAGGGCCAGACGGACGGACUGCAGUCCCUGAUGGACUCGCACAUGCAGGACGUCACCCUGCGCCGGGCUGAGCUGGAGGAGGUCGAGAAGAAGUCCCUGCGGGCGGCCAUGGUGGAGGAGCGGCUGCGCUACUGCAGCUUCGUCCACAUGCUGCAGCCGGUGGUGCACGAGGAGUGCGAGGUCAUGUCUGAGCUGGGCCAUCUUCAGGAGGCCAUGCAGUCGAUUGCCUUGGUCACCAAGGAGCCCAGCGUUCUGCCACAGGCCUCCGAGGAGCUCAUCCACGACGCCAAGGCCAGCAUCAAUCUCUAUCCGGAGUCGCCGGGCGGAGGUUCCGGGUCCCAGGGCGGAGGCUGCUCCAACUCGCUGGGCUCCCGAAAGAGCUCCGUCUGCUCCAUCAGCAGCAUGAACAGCACCGGGUCCAGCAAUUCGCCGGGCCAUCACCACUAUCCGCGCUCCCUGUCGCAGACUUCGAAUGCAACGAAUCAGACGGCGAAUGUAUCCACGUGGCCCCCACAUUCCCAGGACGUGGUGGACACCCUGCCACCGACCGCCGACCGUCCGCACACGAUUUCGACGGCCUACGAAAAGGGCCACCAGCGACCGCCGCUGACCGUCUACACGUUCCAGAAUCCGGAGACCAUCCACGAGUCAAACAGCUGCCUCAACAACGGAUCCACCGCCGCCAAUGGGCAGCCGUCAUCAGGUCAGGCCACGCCGGCCACUCAGAAGUCUCCGGCUGCUUCACUUAGUCGGCCGCCCUUGCCAGUUCGCUGCUCGUCGCUGGAGCGACCGCUGUCGGCCCAGAGCAACCACCGCCAGGGAAGCGGGAGCAACCUGCUGCAGCGCCAGUGCCCCUCGCCGAUUCCGGCUCAUAUCACGAAAGAGCUGUCCGCAGCGCACCAUGCACAGCAGCAGCAGCAGCAGCAAAAUCAGCAGCAAAAUCAGCAGCAGCCCCAGACGCCGCCCACCUAUGUGAACAUGUCCGAGCUGGCCACCAUGGCGGCCUUGAAGCUGGCCAACCAGCAGCAGAAGCCCUCUCCACCGCCCCUGCAGCAGCAGAGCUCCAUCGACUCGACCAGCUCCCAGCAUUCCAACGACUCCUCCGGCUCGCAUCAGCUGCUGCAGCAGCAGCAACAGCAGCAGCACCAGCACCAGCCGCAGCUGAAUCACCACUCAGCCACCGCCACACGCUCCCAUUCCAUAUCCUCGACGGCCUCGUCACUGCACUCGCACCCGUCGAUCGACUCCACCGUCGCUUGUGGCUCGCUGGUGGGCCAGCCCAACCACAGCACCAGCACCAACACGAACACCACCUCGCCGUCCAGUGGCAGCUCCACGCCACAAAACCAUUACUCGCCCCUGUUAACCAACUCCCCCACGUCCACUGCCGCAGGUACCCCCAGCGGCAGCAGCGUAGGUCCCGGCUCCGCCCUGGGCUUUGUCUACCAGGUCAGCUCCCCGACGCCGCCCUCCAGUGAGGUGCUGAAGAUCACCGAGCAGGCAGCGGCUGGCCAGGACCAAGGGCCGGGGGCCAACGGAGGCACGGAACCGGAGGAGACGGAGGAUGAGCGGUCGCGGACCUCCGUCCUGCAGAAGGCCUCCAUGUUCGAGAAGGCUGCGGCAGCGGCGGCGGUCUCGCCACCAGCUCCCAUUCAGGUCCCGGCAGCAGCUUCCCCGGCUUCCGCGGCACGACGUUCCGAGACAGAGCAACAGGAAAUGGACAAGUCUUUCGAAGAUUCAAUACAAGCACUAAAUAAUUUAAUUGGCGAACUAGACUCGUUCCAACGUGAGAUCGAUGAGGGCAAGGGCAAGUCGACGAGCAACAUCAUCAGUAUCAGUGGCAGCAGCAGCAACAGCAACAACAGCAACAACAACAACAAUACGACGAGCAGCAGCAACAGCAGCAGCGACAACAACAACCUGCCCGCCACCAUCAACAUUGAGCCCUGCGCCAUCAGCAAUCAGACGAACUCGAGCGGCUGUGGAACGGACAUUUCGGACACCACGUCCGACGACCUGGCCGGCGACGAAAUGGACGCCAGGCGGCGGGAUCGGGAUCGCGAUCGUGAUCGGGACCAGGAUCUGCUGGGCGCCAGCGAUUCGGAGCUGAGUCGCUGCUAUGUGAGCGAAACUAGUUCGCUGACCGGAGGCCUGACAGCCGGCGGCUACGAGAAUCCCACGUUUGCGCACUUCGUGGCCAAUGCGAACCGGGAGGACGUCGUUUCACUGGCCUCGGACAGCGUCUGUCUGGGCCAGCCGCGCCACGCCUACGUGGACACCUGCAGCGACAGCGGCAGCGCAGUGGUGGUGAUCUACGACCACCAGAUCCCCAACACGCCGGACAUUGAGUUCGUGAAGCAGAACUCGGAGAUCGUGGUGCUGCGUACCAAGGACCCGCAGCCCAGUGCGCUGCAGCUGCACGAGAUGCGCGAGCUGCAGCAGUUGCCGGCCAAUCUGGCCGGUUCGCCGGACUCCUCGCCGGACUCGGCCGGCGGCCAGGCGCCGCCGACAGCAACUGUGGCGCCCGCCAAGCAGCGACUCUCCUCGUUUCGAGCCACCAGCGAGCAGCAGUUGCAGCUCCUCGGACGCGGCAGCCCGCAAAGAGGUAAAGCACCCACUGAGCAGGCCACACAGAGCAGGCCUCAGGAACGGCAUUGCCCACAGCAGAAGGACGUUGAUGGCAGUGGCCAGCCAGCAGUAGAUCCUGCGCGGCGCCAGCUGCCGCCCAAGCCCACCAGCCUGAGCCUUUUCAAUGGCCCCGCUCCCGGUGCGGGCGAUAGGCCCAUGGUGCCCAGAAAGUCCGACUUUAAGUCCGAUCUAGAUGAGAAAAUACGCAGGCAAAAGCAGAAGGUUAAACUGCAAUUGCAUCAGCAACAGCAGCAGCAAUCGCCGCAGCAGCAACAGCAGCAGCAGCAGCAGCAAGCACCACAAGAACAGCAACACUCACCACAGUCGCCCCAAACCAGAAACUGUAAUGUCACUACUAAACUAGCCGCCAAAGUCUCUGCAUUUGCAUCUGCAUCUGCAUUUGCAUCCGUAUCUGCAUCUGCAUCUGCAUCCUCUGAUCCGUACCCGAACCAAAAUCAUAGAAUGCCAAACCAACAUCAGACAGCAAUCACAUCCAAUCACAAGCAGUGCAAGACGCCCGCAACAAUGGCCCUGUCACCAUUGCCAUCAUCAUCACCUCGCGGUCAUCUGCCAUUAUCAUCGUCAUCGCUCUCGUCAUCGUCAUUACCAUUACCAGAAACAACCAGCACCAGCACCACCAGCAACACCACAUCAUCGCCAUCAUCGAUGCUGCCCGCCAGUGACCGACCACCCGCCCAUCCAUACGUGUGCUCCAAUGCCCCAGCCAAUCCCCAUCAUGCCAAUAGCAUUACCAAUGCCCAUGCCAAUGCCAAUGCCAAUGCCACUGCCAGUCUCAAGCCGUGCAUUACGCCCCGGCCAGCCUCGUUGUCGGGAGGAGCAGCAGGCGGUGGCUCCACGCGCAUCGCACGUCGCUCAUCCAUCAACCAGGCGAAGCCACCGCCGCCAGUGAGACGCAGUUCGUCGGUAACACCCAGUCCCAACGCCUCGGUCGGGCUGCAGCACCAACACCAGCAACAGCAACAGCACGCCACUCUGCCCCAGCAGAACCUGCAACUAAGCAGCUCCAGCGAGCACUUUCCGCCGCCGCCGGCAUUCAUGCUGGACGCCAUGCCCCAGAUGCCCAGUUCGGCGCUGAAGGUAUCGGAGACGGUAAGAGCGCUGGCCGCCAUGCGUCACCAGCCAGCCUCACCUGUGGCACUCAGACGCAUGCAGCAGCAGCAGCAGCAGCAGCAGCUACAGCAGCAGCAGCAACAGCUACAGCAGCAACCCCUACUGCAGUCUGUGCACAACUGCUCCCCGACCGCCUUCUACGACUCCUACGACUCCUACUUGGAUCUGCACGCCUAUGCCUAUGCCCACGGCUUGGUCAAUGGCCAACAGCCGGCGGGCGAGCAGAUGGCCCACCAGCAGCGCUUUACCCACCAACCGCUGCAAAAUCACUAUCUGCAGCAGCAGCAGCAGCCACAGCAGCAACCGCCGCAGCAAUCGCCUGUUUACCAAGCGCCUGCCACGUUCCGCACCUCAUCACCAGCGGCGGGCGGAGGGGGUGGCGGCGGCGGCAUCUACGCCCAGCCCAAGCUGGUCAACACCAUGUCCAGCUUCCGCACGAGCAGCCCCAGUCCCAACGGACACGCUCACCCACUGCCACCGACCCAGCCCAAGGCGAACCCGAAUCUAAUUGCACAGCUCAAUGCACGACUCAACAGCAAGCAGCAGCAGCAGCAGCAGCAGCAGCAUCAAGUCGAAGGCAUCUACGGCAAUCAACAGCAGCCAGCGGGAGAGGAGUCCAUCUACAUGCGGAGUGGCUUGUCCAUGUCGCAGCCGCAACAGCAGCAACACUAUGACGGUAAAUCAGAGCAAGUGCACCACCAACACCACCACCAUCAACAGCAACAGCAUAGAAUUUACGCUAGUUUUGGCACCUCAUCAUCAGCAAUAAUGUCAUCGGCCCAUUUGGCCGGCAACAGCACUAAGCCGUCCAUUCUAACACCGACCACCUCUUUCAAUGCAUUGCCUCACUUUCCCCUGUCUUCAUCCACCUCAUCGUUGCUCCACAAAGUCAGCUCAUUCUCGAAUUCUUCAUCCGCAUCUGCAUCUGCAUCCGCAUCCCCACCACCAACGGCAGCGGCCACCGGCUCGGCCAACUCGCAUUAUCAGCCGCCUCAGCCGCCGACUGCAGCGUCCGCUAACAGCAAAGACUUUGCCACCUACUCAAGUUCGUUUACCAAAACUCCAGCAGCUGCGCACUCGCCGAACAUGCGACAGGCCCAUUCCCAUCAGCAGCAGCAGCAGCAGCAGCAGCACUACACCUGUCCGCCUCCACUGGAGGAUCCCCCACCGCCGCCCAUUUACGCCGGCUCCUCGGCCACGAUGCCCAAGAAGAUGGCUCGCCCGCCCACUGGCCAGAGUGCGCCCCACUCGGGCGCCUAUGCAGCAGCCUCGGCCACGGCCACGCUCCCCAAGAACAUGAUGCAGCAGCAGCAGCAGCAACGGUUGCAACAGCAGCAGCAGCAACACCACCAGCAGCAGCAGCAGCAGCAGCAGCAAUACCAACAGCCGGCGGGCAUGGGCAUUGGCAACGGCAAUGGCAACGGCAAUGGUCACCUGGGUCAGCGUCCGCAGUUGCCGCUGCCACAGCAGAAGCUGCGGGCUGCACAGCAGCAGCACUUGGCGGAGCAGCAACACCAGAUGCAUCAGCAACACCAGAUGCAACAGCAACGCCAGCCGCCCAUACCUUCGCGUCACUCGAGUGUGCAGCAAAAGAUAUUCGUCUCGACGAACCCAUUCAUACAGACAACGGCCGUUAAGUUUCACUCGCCCUCGGCCUCGCCCACUUGUGGCUCGCCAGUGACUGGAUCUGGAUCUGGCUCUGGCUCUGGGUCCUUGGCCAGCAUUUAUGCCACCACGUCGCGCAGCAGCCAUCAUCACCAGCAGCAACAUGCUCAGCAACUGCAGCAGCAGCAGCAACAACAGCACUAUUAUCGUGAUGUUGCUGGGGGCAACAGCAAUGGCGGCGCUGCCUACUAUAACCACAAUGCCCAUGCCCAUGCCCAUGCCCAUGCCCAGGCACAUCAUUCAAACUAUGCCACAAGCACAAAUAUCGAAAAGACUGGAAGCAUUCGGGCCAAGACCAAGGCCGAGUUCCUCGAGAAUCUCAACGCGAAACUGGCCAAGCAGGGAAUGUCUGGACGAGCAUUUGCCGUGCGAAAUCUCAUCAACAGCAAGGCCCUGAUGUAUCAAAGUCCGCAAAAUCUAUCGCGACCCAGUGCGCAAUACCGCACACCACCACCCACCUAUCCCAACACCAGCACAACCAGCAAUGCCACUUGCGAAGAUCAGUGCUAAGUGCAGUGCUAAGCCGGACCCCCGCAUUUGUCACGAGUCGCUGAUGGAUCAAAUCAAACGCGGAGCCACCUUGAAGCGUAACCAGAAGAUCAACGAUCGCAGCGCUCCCAAAAUACAUUAAAUUAGCCUAUAGACUAAGCGGAAUAACAUAUUUAUUACCAUAAUAAUUAAUCUAUGAAUAAUCAUGAGGCCCGACGCCUGCUCGAUUGCAGGACUCUGCAGAGUUUGGUUUGAAACUGAAAACUCGAAACACAACAUACAACAUACAACUUAAAUACAUAUGAUUACGAUACUACAUAUUCAAUAUACGAUAUUUAACAAGCGCAUUAAGCUUAACUCGAACUAAUCAAUACCUUUCUUGAUUUCCUAUAUCUAUAUCCCAAAAAUAUGUCCGAAAGGCUUUCUCUGUUAAGUAAAUACAAAAUGGAAGACAGUUGGUUAGCACGCGUAUGUUUAUUUAUAUCCCAAACUCGAAUUUAUCUUUAGUGAACAUCUGUUUAAAUUUAUAUUAUGUUUAUGUAUUACCAUAUUUAUAAUUUCCCUUGUUUAUGUACAUACAUAUGAAUAUGAUUUUAACAAACACUCGAAACUAAUCUGACGCCUAAUAAAUGGAAUUUAUCGUAAA